UGCGUUGCGUGGCGGAGCCGGCGGGCCCGGAUCGACACAGCGAAUGUUCUCUCGUGGUCAUUCACGUCUCCUUCUGUGUCUUGUCAAGACACGACGAGGAUAGGCCGGGGAGUACGCGGAAAGCUGGAGCAUCUCUGGGGUUUGUGCACAUUCAGGUACAAAGCUCUUAAGACGACUGUUGUAGAUUGGCCAAUUUCUUGAUUGCUAAGGACGGACGCGAUGGCUACGAGCGUGAUCAUGCGUCCCUUACAAAUUACGCUGAUAGUAACGUAAUCGGUGUUUAGCCACAGGUACAACAAUCACGAUGCGCAUGCCGGUCAACAGUGGAGGAAAUCCGCUAUCAUGGUUCAUGGACGAGUGGCUGCACCAUUUAGGAGAGGAAAAUUCGGCGCAGCGCUCGAAGGCGGUGAUACUUUUGAGACACCUUCGAGAAUCUUCGGAUGCACUCCGGCGAGAAGUGCGACAUUCCCGGCUAAUAUGCUGGGCCAUCUUGCCGGCGUACGCUUUCAUCGUAAACGCUGGCGUUCUUCUCACCAUGCUCCAGGACGUUGACUCACCUGUGAACAAAUGGAUACGGCAGAAAGCCGAGGCUGUAGAAUGGUGGCAGCCAUGGGGUCCAACAGCACUUCCUUACUUGAAGUGGCUGUUCGAAAUUUACAGCGUGUCAUGCUGCAACGUAUGUCUCUUUACGCUGCUACUCGUGGAGCAGUCUCUGCACGUCGCCUGCGUCGUACUGUUUUCCGAGGUAUCCUGGCGGUUCGAGUUUUGGCGGUUAAAUAAGGUUGCCCUCAUUCUUUCCGAUGGAGCACCCGACGGGUUCGCCUCCACGUGCGCUCUUUACCUUUUUGUAUUUUUCGUACCGAUGUGUAUUGUUGGUCAGCAAAUCGAGGACGCAAGUCGAACUGUGUCCGUCGCAGCCUACCGUGGUCCUUGGUUGGAGGAAAACACGGCGACUCGCCGCCUCCGGCUCAUCGUCAUGGCGUCGCCACCGGCUCGGUUCAAAGUCGCAGGAGUUGGCUCGCUCAACAGACCAACGUGCCGGCGAGUGAUGCGCUCCUGGUUUCAAUUUGUGCAGGUCCUUGUCAAUCUCAGGAAGCGCUGACGAUGACCUGUUCAAACCAUCAUGUAAAACCAGCUACUACAAAGAGACUACGUAGUAAUAAAUAAACAAUGUUACACCACGUGUAA